AUGACCUGGCGACAACCUUUUAGUAAACGUCCAUCGGGGGAUGGAACUGUGACUGAAGGGCAAGGUGAGCGUGUCUCAACCACUGGAGGCCAGUAUAUCAGCGAAAGAGGAGGCAACAAUGCGCCGCCCACAUACCAAGACGCUUCUGGCGCUCCAGUUGAACGCCAGUCACCGCUGGGGUACUCUGUCGGCCCAGUGACAAUCACAUUGCUGAAUAUCACGAUGAUGAUUGGUGCUGGUAUUUAUUCAACACCAUCAUCGAUCCUAUCCGGAACAGGCUCAAUCGGUGUCAGUCUGAUUUGGUGGACGUUAGGCUAUUUGCUAUGCUUGACCUUGGGGGCCGUCUAUCUCGAAUUUACAGCGUACUUUCCUAGUCGAUCCGGGUCAGAAGUCGUAUUCCUGGAACAAGCGUACCCAAUUCCAAGAUGGCUUUUUCCGACUACCUUUGCAGUCCAGAGUGUCAUUCUUUCAUUCGGAAGUGCCAAUGCUACAGUAAUGGCCAAAUAUCUAAUCGCCAUUUCCGGGCACACCGGCACUAACUGGCAAAUCAAAGGCACGGCAUUGGCCUGCUACAGCCUUGCUACCUUGACACUGGUUUUCAAUACGAAAUACGCCUACUGGUUCUCGAAUGCGGUCGGAAUCGUUAAAAUUUGCACCAUCCUCUUCAUCAUAGUCACCGGUUUUGUUGUCUUGGGAGGAAAUACCAGAGUUGAGAAUCCAACGGCAAAUUUUCAAGAUCCGUUUUCAGGGAGCUCUACAGCUACAGCGUAUGGUUUUACCACCGCCUUGUAUCGCAUUAUCUUCUCCUAUGGUGGUUACAAUAAUGCAUUCAAUGUCGCCAAUGAAGUCAAGAACCCCGUCAGGUCUCUCAAGAUCUACGCAACGGCUGCUCUUACAACGGUUUAUGUUCUUUACAUGUUUGCAAAUAUUGCAUUUUUUGCUGCUGUUCCCAAAGACGAGCUAGAAAACUCCGAUUUGACGACUGCUAGCUUGUUCUUUUCAAAGGUCUUCGGCGAUAGUGGCGCAGUUCGUGGCCUCAAUUUUCUCAUUGCCCUGGCCUCAUUCGGUAAUAUGAUAGCUGUGAUAAUUGGACUCUCUCGGCGGCUAAGAGAAUGUGGCCGGCAGGGAGUUCUACCCUGGACUUGGUUUUGGGUUUCAACUAAGCCCUUCGGCACUACCCUAGGUCCAUAUGCUGUCAUUUGGUCUUUGACUGCAUUGAUGAUCCUAGCAGUCCCUGCUGGAGACGCCUUCACAUUCGUCAACGAUCUACGCACCAUUCCCGAUGCCGUCUUUAACCUGGCAAUGGCUCUUGGUAUCUACGUUGUUCGGUGGCGCCGAAAAAAGGCUAAUCUUCCUGAACCCGAGUUCAAAGCCUGGAAUAUUGUUAUAUUUUUCAAUAUUCUCGUUCAAUUAUACCUUUUAGUGAUGCCCUGGUAUCCGCCGUCGGGAGGUCAGUAUGCUGGAGAUGUCAGCUUUUGGUAUGCAACAUAUGCCGUGGUCGGCAUCGGAAUUCUCCUUGCAUGUGGCGCUUAUUACUGGUUGUGGGCCUUCCUACUUCCGAAAUGGAAGGGCUACAAACUACGACAGGAACUCAUCCAUUUGGAUGAUGGAGCUCAAAGUAAUCAACUCAGAAAGGUUCCUAACGAGAAUCUUGCCGAAUGGGAUGCUUCGCAUGAUGCGGCUGGUCGUGCCGUUGCGCCUAUAGAAGAGGAGAUGCAAGUUCAAUUCAAGAGUGCCGAAACGUCCUCGGAUGAUAGCGCCUCAUUCGCAUAUGGCACAAAGAAUGACUCUCACAACGCCAGGAAUACUUCUCAUGUGUAG